UGAAAUUUUUUUUUGCUCCAACUAGAGAAGUAAAUUUGUGACAACAGACAUUUUUGAUUAUUGGCACUGGUUUAAUUUAAUUAGCCAAGUACGUUACUUUAUUUUAAUAGUGUAUAUGAUCUUAGAAAUUAUGUGAUCCUUAGUAAUAUAAAUGUGCAUCUGAUUAUUUUUAAUCGUUGCUUUAAAAAUUAAAUUAAAGAGAACAAAAACAAACUAAUAAUUUUAAUAGUGUUUUUGGCCAUUUUGUUCUUUUGGAAUGGAAAAAAAAACAUCUGUUAAGAUUUAACUGUAAUUUUUAAACAUAUUAAAGAAAACAUUAUUUUAUUUAUGAAAAAUCUUAAAAACUCAUUUAUAUGACAUAUCAUCAGCUUUUGAAUAUUUUAUUAUUAUGGACAAUACCUGCACUUAUUGCCAAGAUGUUAUUGAUAAUUUGACUGUUGUUUGUUUAGAGUGUUCAUUCUUUCAACUUUGUUUGCCGUGUUUUAGCCACGGAGCAGAAAUUGGAGAACACAAAAAUUGCCAUGGUUAUAAAUUAAAGAGUCAAAAGUCUCCUGGGCAAUACUUUUUUACUAAUGAUGGCUGGACAGGUGAUGAACUUUUGCAUCUAUUAGAUUUUGCCGAACAAUAUUCAUUAGGGUGUUGGGAUGAAUUGCCAAAGAAUGUAUUAAUUCGAUCCCCAUCAGAAAUUAAAGUGCAGUUUGCCAAACAAUUUUUGGAUGGUCCAAUUGGUCGUGUUACGUGGAAUACAAUUAAAAAACCAAAACUAGAAGAUCGCACUGUAAAUUUUAAAGUUAAUCAAACUGUUACACAUCUUUCUACAUUAUCCAAAACUCAAUAUGCAGAAAUAGGCUAUAACCCAAUUAGAGAUGAAUUUGAAUUGGAAAACGAUUUUGAUAAUAAUGCUGAAGCUGUGCUUAGUAUUACAUCUGAAUGGAAUGAUCUUGGAGAUGAUUAUAAUUUAGCAUGUAUUGAUAUGUAUUGUGCCAGAUUAUAUGAAAGAUUAUUUGCAAAAGAAGUUGUUCAUGAUUAUCAAUUAAUGGAUAAAUACUUUUGUUCAAAGGAUAAGCCCAAACGGCGAUUAACUACAGAAGAAAAAAAUAUACAAGGAAUUGAAAAUCAAAUUAAAAAAUUUAGUAGAAAUUUAUCUGAAGUGGAAUCAUGGUCAUUGAUUAUUAGAUUACAACAAGAAUAUUUAUUAAAAAAACGCCGUGAUGAGUUAGUUUAUUAUAGAAAAAAUGGAAUAACAAAACUAUAUGAUAUUAUAAAAUUUAAUCUUUUACAUUAUGGAAUGGUUGUUGAUGAACAAUCUGAUCAAUUAUCUUCUGAUGUCCUCACUCCUGCCCCCAUGAUAAAACGAGGUGAAAAGCGAAGAAAAAAAAGAAAGAGACCUAAAUUAUUUCAUAAAAAGAAUCAUGUUUAUCAUCGUACACCUCAAUAUAUAGCUGCUCUAAACAGGGUAUUAACUCAGAACAAUGAAACUGAAGAAUUCUCCGAAUGAAAUGUUAAAUAGUUUAUGAAAAUACUUCAUUAUUUAUGGACUAGCUAUACUCCUACACCUUUAAAAGAAUGAUAACAAAUUAUACACAUAGUUCAACUAUUUAUCUAUAUUAAUUAAUUUAUAAUGUUUAUCUUAUGCAAUAAAUUGUAAGUUUAAUUAAAUACAAUUGAUUUCUCUCUGUAUUGUUAGGACAGUAUUAUAAUAUAGAAAAUUUUUAUCAACAAUUAUUUUUCUAAAUAUCUACUUAUAAAUAUAAACUUUUGUGGUACUAUUAUUGUUGUUUUAAAAAUGUUAUAUAUAAUGUAAACAAUUAUUGAAUAUUCAUUGUAAUCAUAUUUGUUUCUAACUCUGAUUACUUUUGAAAGUAAUACAUCAGUAGCAUCAGUAUCAUUUGUGUUGCACAAUAUCAGUUUAUUUUUAGUUUAUGUAUCUGUCAAUAAGAGGAGCUACUUUAAUUUUUCUUAAAUUUAUUUGUACUCUCAUCUUAUUGAAAGUAUAAAUCAUAAUUUAUAAAAUGUUACCUAAGUGUUUACUACUUAAAAUUAUGAUCGCUUACAUAAAAAUAUAUUGAUUCCUUAGUGCAUAGGAUAUAAUGUAAUUACAAUAUUAUGCAUAUUGUAUUUAGAAAUUGUACUAGUAUUUUUUUUUAUACAUUCUGAGUUUGUUAGCAUAGCA